UAUACGAUUUCCAAUGGCGGAAGUACAAGAACAAGAUGCUUCUUCUUCAAAUCGUAUCGACGACGACGGCUUCGAUUCCCUUCCCGAUUCUCUCGUUCUUCUGAUCUUCAAUUCUGUCUGCGAUGUCAAAACCUUGAUCCGUUGCAGAGCCGUCUCGAAGCGCUUCAACUCCCUCGUUCCUCAUUCCGAUUCCCUUUUUCUCAAGAUCGAUUGUAUCAUUUCCUCCGAUUCCGAUUCCGAUUCGGAUUCCGGCCCUAACUCUCACCUCUUCAACUUCUUUAAAUCUACCGUUAAAUCCUUCUUCUAUUUUAUUUCCUCUAUUCUCCUCAAAUCCAAAUUGCAGAAGUCUCCCGCGCAAAUCCUCCGCCAGUUCUACUGGAUCCAGCGCCUCCAGAUCGAGUUUCCGACUAAAGAUUUUGAAAUUGAGAGAGUCGUUAAAUGGAGAGCGGAGUUCGGUGAUGCGCUUAGGAACUGUGUGAUUUUGAGUUUUGAAAAGAUUAGGAACUCCGAUGGUCGAGAGGUGAUGGAAGUGGAUGGUGUUGAUUUCGGUUUUGUCACAGGGAUGAAAGCGAAAGUGCUCUGGAUGAUGGGCGCUCUGAUGACGGCAUCGGCGAGGCACCACGUGAUGGCGGAGGUGGUGGUGGAGCAUUUGGAGAUGAAGAAUCUGGUGUUGAGAGACAGGGGAGGGAAUGGUGUGGUGGUGAUGGAGGAGAAUAGUUUAGAGGAUUUUAGGAGAUCGAGAAUGUGCGGCGGCGGAGAGGCAGCGGGGAGGUGGCAGAUGAGAACUAGGAUACCGAGCACGACGGUGAGGAUGAAGUACUGGCCGUUGCUGGAGAUCCGGCAAGGGCUCUGUAUGGAGGAUGCUACGUUGGUGGUGGUGAGGCCCACUGGAAAUGCCAGCAUAGAUGAAUCUACUGACGUGGAGAAAGAAGACGCUGACUUGGCACUGAGCGCAUUUGAAGAUGAUGAUGUGUACACAAACGCCGUGGCAGCGUUAUUGACGAAGGGUAAGAGGUUUCAGUUUGAGAUAAACUCUUUCUAGAUUUUCUUUUUUUUCUUUCUUUUGAAAAAAUUGUAAAUUUUAA